AUGAGAGGCGCCGGGGGAAAAGAUGAAUUACUAAUGGCAUACUUCAGCCAAAGUCUGAGUGGGUACAAUAUAGACAUUGUUCCAGACCGCCUAUCUCUGAACAAGGUGGAGAAGAAACCCAGUGAAAGCUUUAGAGAAUAUGGGUUCCGAUGGAGGGAGCAAGUUUCACGAGUCAAUCCUCCAAUGGAAGAAGACGAGAUGGUUAAAUACUUUCUUCAGGCCCUAGAGCCCACUUACUAUGGACACUUGAUCUCAGCCAUUGGCAAGUCUUUCAAUGAUGUGGUGAAGAUGGGAGAAAUGGUGGAAGAAGGGCUCAAAUCGAGUAAGAUCGUGAGCUAUUCUACUAUAAAAGCAACCACCCAGGCAAUCCAGAGUGGCACCGGAAGUUUGCCAGGCAAGAAGAAGAAGGAAGAUGUUGCUAUAUUUGUCUCCGGAUCAUGGCAUGGCCAGAGGAGUUCACCUCAUCAGCCAGAGUAUAGGAGAGAGAGGCAGCAGCGGAAACAAACUUUUACCCCGCUUGGAGAGUCCUAUGCUAGUCUAUUUCAAAGGUUAAGGCAGUUGGACGUCUUGAGGCCGAUUGAGUCAAAGAUACCGAAUCCCCCUCCAAAGAACCUUGAUUAUUCCCUAAGCUGCGCAUAUUGUUCUGAUACUCCAGGGCAUGACAUAGAGAAGUGUUGGCAUUUGAAACGGGCAAUCCAGGAGCUCAUUGAUACAAACCAAAUUGUAGUCCAAAGCCCAGAUGCGCCAAACAUCAACCAAAACCCUUUGCCAGCCCAUGCAGAGAUGCACAUGAUUGAAAUAGUUCACAAGGACGGGGAGCUCAAAAGGUCUUCUAAGUCCGUCAUGAUGAUUCGGGCCAGUGAAAGCAAUUUGGUUAAAGCUCCAGACUCUACCAAAGCAACGCCCUUAGGGAUGACAGAAAAGCCAAGCUCACCCAAUUCGAAACCACCAGUGUUGGUCGUGAAAGGGCUGUCGAGAGAUACAAGGGAAAGGCCGGAAAGUUCAAAAGUGCUAGUACCAGGGAUUUCAAGUAAGCCUGUCAUAGUUGUGAAGGGGGCUCCUACUACCCCUAUCAUCAUUAAACUAGUAACCCAGCUUCCAGUGGUGGAUGCCAAGGCUGUUCCGUAG